GGCCAACCAUGCACGACCGCUUCGCGGCCGUCGGGUCGUCAGCGAUCGUCGUCGACCCAAAGGCGUGUCUGACCCAUUACUACAUGAAAGCGUUUUUCCAAAUCGUCGUUCCGCGCUCCGGCAACAAGACCUUCAUCUACUGUACCCACGACGUCGAGCUCUACGCCGACUACGCGGCCAACGGCUUCUGCAACAUGACAUCCCACAGCCCCGCCGACGUCUUCAGCAGCCCGGCGUGGUACGACUGCCCCAACCUGAAUCCCGACGCGGCCAUCUUCAGCAAGGCCGUCUUGUUACUGAUGGCCUGGAUUGCGCUGCCGUGCGUCACCGGAGUGGCCUUCUUACUCGGCGCCGGCUUCGUGGGGUGGAAGAUGAGGAUGGACACUUUGGCCCAGACCAAACUGUAUCCGGUGGGCGUUUUUCAAAGAGCGAUGCUGGUCUUUGGCAUGGGCCUGGCAGCGGCUUUGUUGUCGAUCCCCUGGAUGCUGCAGUGGCUCGGUGCCAUCACUUGGUUGACCAUUGCCGUCUUUCUCAAGGGCGUCUUUGGCUUCCAUGUGUUUUGCGGUCUUAGGGUGGGCACUUUUGAUUUUUGGAGGCCGUUCAUGCCGCUUGGGCGCAAAAUCAGGGCUCGGAUGGGCGGGCGAGAGCGUCUCGGUGAUUUUGACGAGAGAUGGCAGGGGUUCGACCCCAGUGUUUGGCAAGAAGAAUUUUUGGGCAAAGAAAUGCAACCAUACAAGCCCACCGAGAUGAUGAGCAUUGAGGAUCUGGGGGACGAGAAAACGAUCGUUAUUGAAGUUUUGGGGGAUGACAAAACGCUGGUUGCUGAGGAACUGGUGGACAAGAAAAGGUCAAUAACGAGAUCAAAUACUUUCUGA